CGGAAGUUGGGAGUUUGUGUCCGGCCAGGCAGCUCCGUCAGCUGGCGGCCGCUGUCGGAGGAGUCGAGCCGCCGUCAUGUCGCUGCAGUUCGGGGAUGAGGAGUUCCAGAGAGCCUGGCAGGAGCUGGACGAGCCGCAGCUGGACGGAUGGGAACUCUUCACCGAGGCGAUGGGGGUCCAGAUCCACCGGCGUUACGACCGGGAAACUGGACUUUAUGAGUACAAAGUCUAUGGAGCGCUGGACAGCUGCAGCCCAGAACUCUGUGCAGACGUCUACAUGGACCUGAUAUAUCGGAAACAAUGGGAUAGUUAUGUGAAAGAGCUCUAUGAGAAGGAUUUCGAUGGACAAACGGCGAUUUACUGGGAAGUAAAAUACCCGUUUCCUCUGAAAAACAGAGAUUAUGUUUACGUAAGGGAGCGGAGAGACCUGGACAUAAAUGGCAGAAAGAUCUUUGUGAUCCUGGCCAGAAGCUCAGCGGAGACGGCGUGUCCAGAGAAGAGCGCCGCUCUGAGGGUGAGCGACUACAAGCAGAGCGUCGCCAUGGAGAGCGACGGAGCCGACGGCACUAAAGUGUUCAUGAACUACUUUGAUAAUCCUGGCGGCAUGAUCCCGGCCUGGCUGGUGAACUGGGCAGCGAAGAGCGGGGUCCCAGGCUUCAUUAAAGAUCUGCAGAAGGCCUGCAACAAGUACAAGACAUACUGCGAGAAGAAAUGAGUGCAGCUCACUGGAAAAACACAAAAUCUCAACAAGUAUUUUUGUCUAGUUUCAAGUGCAAAUAUCUUGUUAUACUUAAAAUGUAAGAAAAGUAACUUACAAGAAAUGUUGCAGCAAGAUAUAGGAACAAUUGCCAGAUUAUUUCACUUAUAACAAGAAAUUUUUUCCAUGUUAUAAGUGAAAUACCAGUGGAACUAGUUCUUUUUCACAAAUAUUAAGGAAUUUAAACAAGCUCUUAUACUCUUAUAAGUUAUCUGUAAGUCAUUUUAGUCUUAUUCCAAGUCAACUAAGAUAUUUGCACUAGAAACUGAAGUUACUUGGUGAGUUUUCUGUUUUUGCUGUGCUGAUGGUGACGGCGGCUGAAGAGUUUUCUUGCUGCUCUGUUGUGUUCAGGGUGCAUGUGGUGUGUUGUUUUUUGCAGCUGUUCCUGUUUACUUGGCCAUGAAGUGAAAGGCUGCUGCGAACCGAUUGUGUUCCCAGUUGCUGCUCUACUCCUCUCUUUUCAGGGGAUAUUUUAAUUGAAUUGACUGUUUAGAUGAUUUGAAGAUGUUAAUCAUUCCUUUUGGCUGUAUUUUCUAAAACAAAUCUUUUUGCACAGGAUUUCAUGACCUUGUCUUGUUUACUGUUUGUGUUGAUUGAGGGAGAUGCAAUAUAUUUUACCGAAUUGGAAUAUUUUACGAUUUCAAGUAAGAAUGUUCACAGGUGCAGAACUUCUGCAGCGCUGCAUAUGGAUGCUGGAUCAUUUCACGCUCCUUUUGUUCUGCUGUAUGGAGUGGAGCUGUGUCAGUGCAUAUAAAUUCAUUUUAAUUCACCAAUGCUGCUUGUUGAUUCUCUCAGCUAAAAUCAAAUUAAAACGACAUAAUUUAUGUUAUAAGGUUUUGGUGCCAAUCCAAUAUCAAGUAAAUACAGAGCCAGUAUUGGUGAUACAGA